CCUCCUUUAACACAGCAUCUCUUGACAAUACAGCAACAUGGUGUACUUUCAAGAUUGCCAUCCCGUGAAAAAUAUGGAUUAACAAGCGACAGAUAAAAGAAGUGAAGCUCCACCUGUGCCGUGGGGGGAAAUGCAGGACGAAAGCGGCAAAGCAGCAAUCGGAAGCCCCGCAAACACCGCGCAGUUAUGGUUUCAUUUUUCCAGAAUUCGGGACAUUCGAAAGGACACGCUGCAACUCAAAAUGGACACAACCCCACAGCUCCGGCUGUACCGUACCAACAGUUUGAUUCCAGGCCGACGAGUCCUACACCCACAGCGACCCAGAUUAUCCCGAGAGAGCAGUGGGGAGGGAAGUAUGAGUUCCUGCUCUCCUGUAUGGGAUACUGCGUAGGACUGGGGAACGUAUGGAGGUUCCCGUACCUUUGUUACCGCAAUGGAGGAGGUGUUUUUCUCAUCCCUUACUUCAUAAUGCUCUUCUUCACGGGUGUCCCACUCUUCCUCAUGGAGCUGAGUUUAGGCCAGUAUGGAGCAGCUGGCCCCAUCACAGUGUGGAAAUGCUGUCCCCUGCUCAAAGGUAUUGGCAUCGGGAUGCUCUGCGUGUCGAUACUGGUAUGUCUCUACUAUAACGUUAUUAUAGCCUGGACAUUUUACUACCUGGGCAGCUCGUUCCAGAGCCCUCUUCCUUGGUCAUGUGAUGCUAUAGCCAACGCAGCUCUCUGUGGAAAUGGCACGGCAGGCAAUAGCUCCAGCGGUAGAGUCCUCAGCCCCUCAGAGGUCUUCUGGAAUGAGCGUGUGUUGGGUGUAGUAAACAGUGAGGGCCUCCAUGACCCGGGCCCUGUCCGGUGGCCCCUGGCUCUGUGCCUGCUGGCCGCCUGGAUCGUCAUCUUCCUUUGUAUGCUCAAGGGCAUCCGCAGCUCUGGCAAGGUGGUUUACGUAACAGCUACUUUCCCCUACUUUGUGCUCAUUGUUUUGAUCAUUAGAGGUGCCACACUGGAGGGAUCUCUGCAGGGCAUUGCUUUCUACCUCACACCAGACUGGAGCCGAUUAGCCAAUGCACAGGUUUGGAAUGAUGCUGCGUCACAGAUCUUCUACUCCUUAGGUAUAGGAGUUGGUGGUCUGCUCUCAAUGGCCUCUUACAAUAAGUUUGACAACAACGUCAUCAGGGACACUUUGAUCAUCACCACAGGAAACUGCUGCACCAGCUUCUUUGCAGGAUUUGCUAUUUUCUCCAUCCUGGGACACAUGGCAUGGAGGAAAGGGGUGCCUGUGGGAGAGGUGGCAGAUACAGGUCCUGGGCUAGCCUUUGUUGCUUACCCAGAAGCCCUUGCUCUGCUGCCAGGCUCGGUGUUCUGGUCCAUUAUGUUCUUCCUCAUGCUCUUCAUGCUGGGGAUCGAUACACUGUUUGGUAACAUGGAGGGCAUCACGACGGCUGUGCUGGACGAGUUCCCACAGCUCAGAGGGAACACGCUGCACAAGUCCAUGUUCCUGGGUGCUCUGUGUUUUUGCUUCUACCUGAUGGGUCUCCUGUUAGUGACUGAUGGUGGGAUUUACUGGUUCACUCUCAUUGACGCCUUCAGCACUAGUUUUGGCCUCAUCAUCAUCACCCUCUUCAUGUGCAUUGGCAUCUCCUUCUUCUAUGGAGUGAACCAGUUCUGUCAGGACAUCAUUGAUAUGAUCUGCCACUGCCCUCCUUGGUGCAGCAAAUUGCUGCUUUACUUCAAAGCAUGCUGGGUUGUCAUCACUCCAUUUCUGCUGCUGUUCAUCCUGACCUACAUCUUCAUCGAGAUGUACAACACAUCGCUCCUGUACGGGUCCUAUGUGUAUCCACGGUGGGGUAAAGCACUGGGCGUGUGUAUAGGAGCCACCUGCUGUCUACAAAUCCUCAUCUGGGCCAUUGUGGCCAUCAGCAAAGAAACUGGAACUCUGAAAGACCGUUUCCAUAAAUCAAUCCGGCCUCUGAAUUCAUGGCGGGUGAACAACUUGAGGAGCACGACAAGAGUGGAGGAGCCAGAGAGGGUGGAGGCUCCAUUCACUGUCACGCUCACAGACAUGGACUACACUGCGAUGAGUUGGGAGAUGAGAAGCGAGGCGUGACAGAGAGCAUGGGGCGAACUAACAGUGAUGAGCAAACUACGUUAAGAAACAGAGGAAUUUAUAAUGAGGUUUUAGGCUCCAGCGAGGCUCUGGUGGCCUUGUCUGAAGAGACUGUGUCCUGCUGGGCAGUGUGGAUUUUUUUUUGCUUUAUUUAUAUAUUGUGGAUUUUUAAUUUGUAUUUUUUUUUUUUUACAUUCUGUAGAAUAUACGGUUAAAUUUCCUAUAGUAGGACUCUUAACAGGACAUUGGGAUGAUGAUCUUGCCACAUAUCUGCUUAUCUUAUUUAUUAUUUUAUCUAUGUAUAAUUCACUUUUAAUGGCUGAAAAGUGCAAUGACUCUUCAUGAUGGCAUUCAACAACCUCGGAUUAAGCCGGAAAUUGACAGACGGACCAAAUUGUGGUGAUGACACAGUCAGGAUUUAUUUGAAUCCAUCUUGAAAAUGUAUUGCUUAAAAUAUUUAAAUAGUAAAUAGAUUAAAAGACACUUGCAAAAAUGAAAUCUUAUGUAGCUUCUGUGUCUCUAUCACGUUUACCACUCAGAUGUUUCAUCUUACUUAUUUUACUUCCUUUAUUUAAGAUGGGCUUUUAAAGGUAACUUCAAGUUAUUUACCGUCUUUUGUUGCCUUCAGGGGAAAAAACAGAAGUCAAUGUGUAUCCACACAGGUUGGUUUUUAGUUUUUCAUUUUAUUGGAUCUUGGCUUUGAUUGUACUUCAGUGGAUAAUAUAUUCCCCUCUUUUGUCAAUAAGCACAAAACACUCCUUAAGUCACUGAAUAUCAUUGGUUGAAUUCUUCUAUUUAGAGGUGCUCAUUGGUCAAAGGAACAUGAUCAUUUUCAUGGUAUUAAUCUUGACCCUGAUGAGUGUUGCUGGAGCAAUUUGACCUCUUCUAAGCCUUUCACUCUUCAUGCACCUUGUCAGUUAGUGAAGUUUGUGCCAGAAAAUCCUCUUGAGCUCCUGCCUAAACAUGAAGACAAAGGUUGUUUGAAUGUUAUUUAUUGGCAAUUCAUCAUCACAGUUAUUUCUAAAUAUUAUCGUACAAUGACAUCACUGUAUUUUACACGACUUUGUGUUACAAAAGCCACUUGGUCAUUGAUUUUUCUUUCAAAGCAUCUUGCUUUGCUGAAAAGUAUUUUAUUGUCCUUUGUUUUAGGAUCGUUUGCCUUGUCAGGAAAGCCCUACGUUUUCAUCUUUUUGUUUUUGCCUUUGUACACCUUGAUGCCCUGUCUUGUCCAUGUGUUAUCUGUGUACAUAAUACAUUAAACAUGUUUUUCUCUCUGUAA